AUGGCAUUAAUAUCAAUAUCUAGUACAGAUCCUGGGAGCUUUAACAACAGCGUGACUGAACAGCAGUUGAUGAAAGUUCAACGUGGAAUAAAUAAUAGGAAACUGAAAUAUUGGAAAGAAGGAUCUCGCUGCAUGGAACAAGUAUUUAAAUGUUAUGGAGCCUGGGGUUUGGAUAUAGAAAUGAAGUAA